UUUUAGGUUUUAGUUGCAGACACAACAAUCAUCAUCAGCGGAAAGAAACUGAAAAAGAAAAGCAAGGUCAUAUCAAGAGAAGAUGUCUGUGCUUAUCUCAGAAUACAUCAAAUUUAUUGCACUGUACAUCAAGAGUAAGGAUGCUAUGGUCUUCAAUGGUCUCAUAGGUUUAGGAACAGUGGUCGGUCAGACAGCAUACAACAUCUUAGCUUUUGACUGUCCAUGUUCACCAAAGAAGAAUUACCUGUACGGUCUGGCUGCCAUUGGUGUACCAGCCCUGGCUUUCUUUGUCAUUGGGGUAAUGCUGAAUCGAAAUACCUGGGACGUUGUGUCAGAGUGUCGCACCAGAAAAUGCCGGAAACUAUCGGUGACUGCUGCUUUUGCUCUUUUGGGCUCCACUGUGGGCAGAGCAGUCGUUGCCCCCAUCACUUGGUCUGUUAUUUCCCUCCUGAGAGGGGUGGCGUAUGUCUGUGCUUUCAGUGAGUUUGUAGACCCCUUAUCUUUGAAUAAUUUCUCUUCAUAUACACCUGGUCCAGAAAUCAUGGCCCGGUUUCCAUGUAAGGAUGUACCUGCUCCAUUUAUGAACUACUCAGGAGAAGUUGAACGCCAGUUAAAGUAUGAAUCCCAGCUGUUGGGCUGGUUGCUAGUAGGAAUCAUCUCGCUCUCCGUCUUUCUCCUUCUCUGUCUGAAAAAUUGCUUCUCUACUCUUGGCUAUCAUCAGGAGGCGUACUGGUCCCAGUAUCGUUCCAGCGAACAAGCUCUUUUCCAGCGUACAGCUGAAGUGCAUGCUAAAUACAAUGCGGCUGAAAAUGUCAAGAAUUUUUUUGGCUUUGUGGCCUUGGAAAAUCAGGAGAAGGAGCUUCUUGCAAACUGCAAGGGAAUCAAAAGUGUCAUUCCCAGACUGGAGUGGAACCGCGUCACUGGAGUUUACAUGUACAGAGAGAUCGAUAACACUCCCCUGUACAGCCGCUUGAACAAAUGGGCCAUGUAUACAAAUGAGAAUGACUGUUAAGUACUU